AUGAGGCUCGAAGCUCUGGAAGACGCUAUUGUGAAGGCUGGCAUCAAAUGCGGUCGGGUCGAAGACGCCAUUGCCGGGCAUGGCAUCGAAGGUAGGGAGCCUGAGCCGGCGCAGGUCCGGGCUGCUGUUGAGGGCGCGGCCGUUGACGCUUGGCCUUUGUGCGCGAUUGGUCGGGUACGCGGCGAGGGUUGGCACCGUUCUGAGAGGCAGCAUCAGGGUUGGCAUUGGUGUUGGUGUUGGCAGCGGCCGGGCCGGUCUGUAGUUGAGCUCGAACCCAGUGGAAUGUACAUUGUUUGCGAGUGCGAAGGCAGUAUGAACAUCGUAAAGCCCUAG